UUUGUGAAUCAUAAUUUUACUGAGAAAGUUAAAUUUGGAUAUUUCUCUCAGUUGAAACGUAUAUUUUCCCGAGUCGAGUCAGCAGUUUUCACCCAACUGCCUAACGUGCGUGCUGCGCAUUAAGUGCUUUUUAGUUAAUAAUUGAACAAUUUUACAAAAACGCCGUCAUUUACGCAAAAGACUAUAAAUAAAUUCAAUUAAAUAGAACAAGUUUUUUUUUGUGCAACAUGUACGGCAUUGAUAAUUAUCCAAAAAAUUAUCAUGCCAGUGGCAUUGGCCUUGUCAAUUUGGCCGCACUGGGCUACAGUAAGAAUGAAGUCAGCAAUAGUCGGCAAAGCCAACCCAAAUCGGGUCUCUACCCCUCGUUGCCCUAUCCGUCAUCGGAGUGCGUGGGCGGUAUGCCAUAUGUAGUGAAACAAUCGGUACAAGCACAAAAUGCAUCAUUUUCGGGCAUGGCAGGGUCAGCACCAUCACCAAGUGCGCCCUAUCCAGGUGCAGGUGCUGGUUUAUAUCCGAAUUUGCCGUCAGCACCUUUGCCCUACCCAUCAACACCGCUAGCCCCGAUGCCAAUGCCUGGCGCACCUUCUCCAUAUCCCAGUGCUAUGCCGUACCCAAGUGCCACUCCUUAUUCCAGUGCCACUCCUUAUCCCAGUGCUAUGCCGUAUCCAAGUGCUACACCGUAUCCAAGUGCCAAUGCACCUUAUCCCAGUGCUCCUGGACUUCCUUAUCCCUCAGCUGGCGGCAUGGGCAUGCCUAUGCCUUAUGUGCCUUUGCCAACGCCAACAGCGGCUGUGGCUUAUCCAUCUAUGCCUGCGCCGUCAGCUCCUGAGCCCAGUGCGCCUUCACCAGAAGAGGAACCUUCGGUCGGCAUUCAGGAGCUAACUUUCACCAGUGUCAAAGUGCCGGAGAACCAAAACAUGUUCUGGAUGGGACGCAAGGCUACUAGCACGCGCCAGAAGAGCGUGCAGGAUGCGGACUUUUCUACGCUGCGCCAAUCCUGCGUAGGCAAUGGCACGCUCUUCGAAGAUCCCGAUUUUCCAGCAACCAAUGAGUCACUUAUGUUCUCACGCCGUCCGGAUAGAUACAUAGAAUGGCUGCGUCCCAGCGAAAUUGUGGACGAUCCGCAGUUCUUUGUCGAGGGCUACUCGCGUUUCGAUGUGCAGCAGGGCGAGCUAGGCGACUGUUGGUUGCUGGCUGCAGCAGCGAAUCUAACACAAGAUGCCAAGCUGUUCUUCCGUGUUAUACCGCCAGAUCAGGAUUUCCAGGAGAACUAUGCAGGCAUAUUCCAUUUCAAGUUCUGGCAAUACGGCAAAUGGGUGGAGGUGGUUAUUGACGAUCGUCUGCCCACGGUGAAUGGCGAGCUCAUCUAUAUGCACUCCACGGAGAAGAACGAGUUCUGGAGCGCGCUGCUGGAGAAGGCCUAUGCCAAGCUGCAUGGCUCCUAUGAAGCAUUAAAGGGCGGCACCACUUGCGAGGCCAUGGAGGACUUUACUGGCGGCGUUACCGAAUGGUAUGAUAUUAAGGAGGCGCCACCAAAUCUAUUCAGCAUUAUGACCAAGGCAGCUGAGCGUGGCUCCAUGAUGGGAUGCUCGCUGGAGCCCGAUCCAAAUGUAUUGGAAGCUGAAACGCGUGAAGGUUUAAUACGUGGCCAUGCUUACUCCAUAACCAAGGUGUGCCUGAUGGAUAUAUCGACGCCUAAUCGCCAGGGCAAGAUACCUAUGAUACGCAUGCGUAAUCCUUGGGGCAAUGAUGCCGAAUGGAGUGGUCCUUGGAGCGACAGCUCACCCGAGUGGCGUUAUAUACCAGAACAUGUUAAGGAAGAUAUUGGCCUGAAUUUCGAUCGUGAUGGCGAGUUCUGGAUGUCAUUCCAAGACUUUCUCAAUCAUUUUGAUCGCGUGGAAAUCUGCAAUCUUUCACCAGAUUCGCUGACAGAUGAGCAGGAGCAGAACUCGCGUCGCAAAUGGGAAAUGUCCAUGUUUGAGGGCGAAUGGUCAUCGGGUGUAACUGCUGGCGGCUGCCGCAACUUUCUGGAGACCUUCUGGCAUAAUCCUCAGUACAUUAUAUCACUCGAAGAUCCCGAUGAGGAGGACGAUGAUGGCAAGUGCACUGUGAUUGUGGCGUUGAUGCAAAAGAAUCGUCGCAGCAAGCGCAAUGUGGGCAUCGAUUGUCUGACCAUAGGCUUUGCUAUAUACCAUCUGACCGAUCGGGAUAUGGAGGUGAAGCCGCAAGGAUUAAGCUUCUUCAAAUAUCGCGCUUCAGUAGCGCGUUCACCGCAUUUCAUUAAUACGCGUGAGGUGUGCGCACGCUUCAAGCUGCCACCUGGCCAUUAUCUCAUUGUGCCCUCCACCUUUGAUCCCAAUGAGGAGGGUGAGUUUAUUAUACGCGUCUUCUCGGAGACAAUGAACAACAUGGAGGAGAAUGACGAUGAGGUGGGCUUUGGAGAAACCGAUGAUCGCAUUGCGCCUGCAUUGCCGCCACCCACACCCAAGGAGGAGGAUGAUCCACAACGCAUUGCUCUGCGUCGUCUGUUCGAUAGCGUUGCCGGCGACGAUGAGGAGGUGGACUGGCAGGAGCUGAAGCGCAUCUUAGAUCACUCUAUGCGCGAUGUUAUGGUGGGCACUGAUGGCUUCUCCAAGGAUGCUGUGCGCUCUAUGGUCGCCAUGCUGGACAAGGAUCGCUCUGGCCGUCUGGGCUUUGAUGAGUUUGAAGCUUUGCUUACGGACAUUGCCAAGUGGCGUGCGGUCUUCAAGCUGUACGACACCAGACGUCGUGGCAGCAUUGAGGGCUUCCAUCUACGUGGCGCACUCAACUCGGCGGGCUAUCAUCUGAACAAUCGUUUGCUGAAUGCUUUGGCGCAUCGUUAUGGCUCCAGAGAGGGCACGGUGCCCUUUGAUGAUUUCCUUAUGUGUGCUAUAAAGGUCAAGACAUUUAUUGAAAUGUUCCGUGAGAAAGAUACAGAUAAUUCCGAUACGGCAUUCUUUAAUCUGGAUGAUUGGUUGGAGCGCACGAUCUACUCUUAAAUAAGUGAAAGCGCAAUCGAACAACAAAUUGAAUAUUUUUAUAUAAAACUAAGCUUAAGUGCCACAAUUACUUAAUAACUUUAUAAUGUUGUUAGAGUUCUUAUAUGACGUCAUACAUUUUAUACCUUAUCUAAACGGAAAUAUGUAUAAAAAUGCAUUAAAUUGACCUUGAAGUGCUCUUACGUUCCAUGAUUAAGCUAAACCAGAAAAUCAACAACAAUCAUAGUUUGCCGUCUGCUUUGUGUGCACAGCUAUAUAGUAUAUAUAUAUGUAUAUAUCUAUAUAUCGUUUACGUGUGCGCUGACUAAUGUAUAAUAAUUUUUCGCUAAGGGGUCGCUUUUUAUAUCGUUUAAUGCUUUUGUCAAUAGUCAAAUAUCAAAGAGGCAGACAGUACAAAUUUAAAAGUGCAUUAAAGUAAAUAAAUAAAGUAAAUAUUGUUAUUGUUUGAACAUUUUAUAUAUAUAUGUGCAAUAUUUUGCAGCUGUUAAAACUUCAUAUCAUAUGAGCUAUGUUUGCUAUAAAAUCAACUAUCAACUUUAACUAUUAUAUUUGUCUGUAUUUGAAUACUCAGCUUACAGUUU